CCGCCACAUCACGAGCACCUCCUCCACAGCGCACAGCAGCGCAUAAAUACGGCUUUUUACCCACUUUUCAGCCUUCUCUAUCAGUCAUUUAACUGCUGGGAGGCUGCAGAGGCCGUCUGACACUUGAUCCGCCGUCGCUGUUUGAUAAAAAUCUCAAGAUGACUCAUCAGUUCCCAUCCCUGUCUCCGGAGCAGAAGAAGGAGCUCUCUGACAUUGCUCAGAGGAUCGUAGCUCCUGGAAAGGGAAUCCUGGCUGCAGAUGAGUCAACAGGCACUAUGGGAAAGCGCCUCCAGAAGAUCAACGUGGAGAACAACGAGGAGAACCGUCGCUGUUUCCGUGACAUUCUUUUCUCCACCGACUCCUCCAUCUCCAACUGCGUGGGCGGAGUCAUCUUCUUCCACGAGACGCUCUACCAGAAAUCAGACAGCGGCAAGCUCUUCCCCCAAGUCAUCAAAGACAAAGGCAUCGUUGUUGGCAUCAAGGUGGACAAAGGCACAGCUGGUCUGAAUGGAACAGAUGGAGAGACCACAACGCAAGGUCUUGACGGCCUCUCAGAGCGCUGUGCCCAGUACAAGAAGGACGGCUGCGACUUCGCUAAGUGGAGGUGUGUGCUCAAGAUCUCAGAUGGCUGCCCCUCAGCUCUCGCCAUUGCAGAGAACGCCAAUGUCCUUGCCAGAUAUGCCAGCAUCUGCCAACAGAAUGGCCUGGUGCCCAUUGUGGAGCCAGAGAUCCUGCCUGAUGGAGACCACGACCUGCAGCGGUGCCAGUAUGUCACCGAAAAGGUGCUGGCUGCUGUGUACAAGGCUCUGUCUGAUCACCACGUGUACCUGGAGGGAACCCUGCUGAAGCCCAACAUGGUCACCGCUGGACACUCCUGCACUAAGAAGUUCACCCCUCAGGAGGUUGGUAUGGCAACCGUGACCGCUCUGAGGCGCACCGUCCCCGCUUCAGUGCCUGGCAUCUGCUUCCUGUCUGGAGGCCAGAGCGAGGAGGAGGCCUCCGUUAACCUGAACGCCAUCAACCAGGUGCCCCUCCAUCGUCCCUGGAAGCUCACUUUCUCCUACGGCCGUGCACUCCAGGCCUCUGCUCUUGCUGCCUGGCAGGGCAAAGCUGCCAACAAGAAAGCUACACAGGAUGUUUUCCUCAACAGGGCCAAGAUCAAUGGCCUGGCUGCCAAAGGAGAGUACAAGCCCACCGGCUCAGCUGACCAGGCUUCCAUGCAGUCUCUGUACACUGCCAGCUAUGUCUAUUAAAUACUGUGAACACCAAAACAAAUUGCACAUGGACCAAAUAUGACUAAAAGAAGCUCUUCUUCCUGUUCUACCACCAACACCAGGGGAAGACUUCUUUCAUAGUGUUGAACUACUGUUUGUCUUCUUAAUGAAAUGACUGGAAAUGAAUUAAAAGACCAAAAAUGUUUUUGAAA